GCUGUGUCGCUGUCAAGCAAUUGACGGAGUGUUUGCAUGCUUCUUCUCCUUUCUAAAAAAUUAAACAGGCAGACGAUGGCACGGCUCGUCGCAAAAUCCACCGAAUUGGUAAAACUUGGGAUCAAUCAAGCGAAGCCUGUGCUGCAAGCAUGGGGUCAGUAUGCCAAAGUAGAACUGAUGCCACCCACUCUGAAGGACAUCCCUGCGAUUCGUAGUGGAUUUUCAAGAUUGAUCCAUGCUGCACGGACUGGUCGUUAUCGCGACGUCACCGUGCGCGAGGGUAUCAUAAACACCUUAGUAGCUGCCGAAAUAUAUUGCUGGUUCUUCGUUGGAGAAUGUAUCGGAAAGCGGCACAUUGUUGGAUAUAAUGUAUAAGUACGCUACAUAUGUAUAAUUUUACAUAGAUAAUCUUGUAUAAAUUAUAGACCUGCUCGUAAAUAUAUAAAAAUAUAGAUCGU